AUGAAGGCAUUCACACUCUUCGCCCUCGUCGGCGCCGCCGCCGCCGACCUCACCUCCACCGGCGCAUCCCUACUCCUCAACGACAUCUACUACUUCGUCUCUCCCUUCUCCCAGGGAAACCCCUCAAACUCCUCCUCCUUCAACAUCAAAUCCCUCCCCCGCGCCUUUGGCUUCACCCCCGUCACAGUCGUCGCCGAACCCCUCCCCAAAUCCUCCCUCCCCUCCCUCUUCGCGAACUGGACCUCCCAAGACGACGUCUGGCAACCCGCCUUCCUCGGCGCAAUCUUUCUCGCCGGCCUCGACACGCCGUGCCUCACAAAAGAAAGCUAUGACGGCACAAAUAAGACCCAGUCCAUCGUCGCGCCCUUGGUCAGCACCGCCGGCAGUAAUGUCCCCUCGGGCCCAUACUUCCUCGACACAAUCACUGGCGCCCUCCACCAAGCCUACCGUCUGUACCCAGACUACGCAGGCGCCUUCUCCGAGUCCCUCCUCCAGAAGCCCGAUACCACCUUCCAGACCCUCUCCGCCCAGGUGCCCGCCUCCGCCUCCCUUACCAUCGGCGUCCCCUCCCGCCUCUACUCUCUCUCCGCCCGGUCCCCCGAGAAGCCCCUCGCCGGCGUCCGCGUAGGCGUAAAAGACAUUUACGACCUCGCGGGCGUGAAAAAAAUCCAACGGCAACAGAGCCUGCCCUCGCAGUUUGCCAACGGCGAGACGGCGACGGCGGAUUGGGUUGAUUACCACUCCCCCUUCAACCCGCGCGGCGACGGCUACAACGACCCCUCGUCAUCGUCCUCUGGCGCCGGAGCCUCGAUAGGUUCGUACGAGUGGCUGGAUAUCGCAGUCGGCAGCGACACGGGCGGUUCGAUCCGCGGCCCGUCUGCGGUGCAGGGUCUCUUCGGAAACCGGCCUUCGCAUGGGCUCGUUGGGUUGGAUGGUGUGAUGCCGCUGUCACCUACCCUCGACACCGCCGGCUUUUUGACGCGGGAUCCGUACAUUUGGGAUGAGGCGAAUAAGGUGCUGUACGGGGCGAACUAUACAUCGCUGGUUGAGACCGAGGCGGAGGUAACGUACCCCAAGACGGUGUAUACGGUUGACUUCCCUACCGACGAUGGAGCCGCCGCGCAGAUGCUGAACAAGUUUGCGGAGGACCUGGGUGCGUUCCUGGGCGCCAAGGCGACGGCGCUGAAUUUGACGUCUGCUUGGGCUGAGACUGGUCCUGUGGGUGUGCGGAAUCAGACGCUGGAUGAUGUCCUGGGGUUGACGUAUGCCACGCUCAUCACCAAGGAGCAGACGCCGCUUGUGCGUGAUCCGUUUUAUGCUGAUUAUGCCGCCGCUCACAACGGCCGCCUCCCGUUUGUGAACCCAGUCCCCCUCGCACGAUGGGGCUGGGGUGAUAGGCAACCCGCCAGCGCCCUUGACGACGCAAGAGCCAACAAGACGCUCUUCAUGAACUGGUUCAACACCGAGAUCCUGCCUCCCUCUACCCCCGCCCUCAACACUUCCGCAUCAACAUCGACAUGCUCCUCGUCCCUCCUCAUCUACGUAGGUUCAUCCGGCCGCGCCUCCCUACGAAACCGCUAUCCGACGACCACGACGCCCACCCCGCCGCUUGGCUUUUCCAACGGUCGGCUGAGCGUCUUCAGCGGAGCGCCGGACCAUGUUUUCCCCCUGGGAGAGGUCGGUAGCGUGAGUUCUGUGACGAACGUGACGGAGAUGUUGCCUGUUACCGUGGAUGUCAUGGCGGCGAGGGGGUGUGAUGGGUUGAUUGUGCGGUUGGCGCAAGAUCUGGUGGGAACUGGGAUCUUGAAGCUGCCGUUGGCUGGGGGGACGCUUGCUGGGGGUGAGGUUUUGAUGAGGAGAGAUGUUGAGGAGUGGUUCUGA